UCAGUGAGUUUUCGCUCUUCGACGUGAUAAAAAGUGCAUAAUAUUUUCAUAUUAACAGUCGCUGCUAGUCUUUACAUGAGUUUAUGAAAUUUAUUUUAAGUUUUUAAAUUAUGGCACCGAGAACUAGUAGUUGGCCUGUAUGGAGUGGUAUAUUGAGCACGGACAAAAAUAUAAAAUCGGCUGACGAUUGGAUUGAAGCACGUCGAAAGGAAGACGGCGCAGACGAGUUGUGGAGAAUUCACGAUGGGUUGUAUAAUCUUGAAGAAUGGAUUCAAAAGCACCCCGGAGGAUCACAGUGGUUAGAAAUUACAAGAGGUACUGAUAUCACAGAGUUAUUUGAAUCACACCAUAUAAAUGGCAAAGCUGCAACGGCGGUGAUGCAUAAAUUCUAUGUGCGACAGGCAGAGUCGCCGAGAAAAUCGCCUUUCACAUUUAAGCCAGACGGAUUUUACAACGUUUUAAAAUCUAGAGUCGCAAAGAAGUUGUCUUACGUGGACAGCAAAAAUUAUCAUCUAAAGUCUAUCCUGGUUGUUGACACAUAUUUUCUCCUCGCACUAGUUUCGUGCGUCGGAGUGGCUCAAAUAGAAAACUUUUUCUUAGCACUGCUGACUGGAAUUAUUUUGGCACUAGGGACCGUUACUGCCCACAAUUUCACGCAUCUUAAGGACAACUGGAGGAUGUAUUAUGUGCAGUUGGUUCUAUUAUCUGUACGUGAAUGGAGAAUAUCGCAUGUACUUAGUCACCAUAUAUACACAAACACUGUACAAGACUUAGAGAUGUCACUUUUGUAUCCGUUUAUCCAUUGGUUUCCGACCAAUGACAAACCGUUUACUGUUCGCUUGUUCCCUUAUCUUACGCCAAUUAUAUAUCCUUUUAUUAUUCCCGGACAAUUGGUUAUAAGAACUUUCAAGGGUAAUAAUGACAAAGCUGAUCUUCUAAUGUUUGUUAUACCUGCAAUAUUGAUGUUUUGUGGUCAAAUGGCCAUAAGUUCUAUAAUUAUUGCGUGGAUUGUUAUAAUUCUGACAAGUAGUUUUAUGUUUACAUUCAUUGGGUUUAGUGCUUCUCAUCAUUUUCCGGAAAACUUUCAUGAUGGAGACAUAGUCAAUGAUGAAUACAUCGAUUGGGGAAUACAUCAAACGAUAACUAGCGCAGAACGAAGCGAACCGGUCAAUAAUAUAUUUUUAACAAUAGCUACAUUUGGCGAUCAUACAUUACACCAUUUGUUCCCAGCUUUAGAUCACAGUUUAAUACCAGUAUUAAAAGACACUUAUGAGGAUACAUGUAAAGAAUUUGGUUUGGACCUAACACCAAAAUCAUUUACAACGAUUAUGUGCGGUCAGUUUAAACAAUUAAUACGCGUUACUCCUAAUAAUCCGAAGAACAAUAGUAUUGUUCAUUGCACUGACAUAAAAUUAAAUAAUAUCUAAAUAUUAUUAAAUGAAAUUGAAAUGCAUAUUAUUUAUAAUGCAUUUAUGCAUGAUAUAUAAUUAAGAAAUAAAUAAUAGAUACAAGACAUAGAUAUACUACUUACUAGUCGAUAAUAUUGCUAUUUAAGUCUAUUAAUGUAGCAGUAUCAUUGACUGAAUAGUUAUUUUAGUAUUUAAAAACAUUACUUAUCAUACAUUUUUUAUUGUAUAAUUUAAACGAUAAUAUUAUAGUUAUGUAAAUUGAGAUGGUUACUCAUUUAUUAUUAUCAUUGAUAAAAUUAGGCAAUACCAGUGGCGGAUUUAGGAUUUUUUUAUGGUGGGUGCUAUUUUGUUAAUAAUAAUAGUCCUAAAUUACUUAUUAUGUGCAAUUUGUGCGUGGUCGCCGACCGGUGUUUGCUACUCCACGGUGUGGGGCGCGCAUUCCGGUAGUCCGUAUCAAAAAUUUGCCACUCAGCAAAUUAUUAGUAAUUUUUAAUAAAAAUACGCGGAACGAUGGGUGAUUUAGUUCCCAAACACCCUCCCCCCCUAAAACCACCACUGGGUAAUACAAUUUUAUUUUUCGUAUAAAUAUAAGAAAAUAACUUACUGAGGCCAGUGGUUUUUAUUUUAAUUAUUUGU